GGCCAAUCACAAUAGGCCAUGGUUCGAUUAAAAAUAAAAUAAAAAUGAAGUCGAUUUUCACAAGUUUUUGAAUUUUAUAAUUAAACGGGAAACAUUUAGAAUAGAAAACCUAAGAAUAAAAUGAGCGAGGUAGACGUAUUUAUCAGCAAUUAUACUCUAGUCGAUCCGGAAAUUUACGAAUUAUGGGUUGAUGGAUACACUGCUAGCGAAGCUGUAACGCUUUUAAACAACAAAGGACUAGGCCAACAAACGGGAGCUUCGGUGGAACUGAUAGCAAGCGAUGUACUGGAUCACUAUAGAACAUACUCUCUGUUAGAGAAAUUACUGGGCAAUCCGAGCAAACUUCAAGAGCAAUUUUUGUUCCAAAUCGAUCCACCAACUAGACUAUUCCUCAUAGAAAAGUAUUAUGAAUUCGACGAUGAAGUAAUCAGAGAAGUCCUAGGUAAAAAACUAUCAUCCAAAAACCGCAAAGAUCUCGACGAAGUCGCCGAGAAAACCGGCAAACCGUUGAAAUCCUGCAGGAGGCAAUUCGACAACGUGAAGAGGAUAUUCAAAGCCGUAGAAGAACUACCCGGAGUAACAGCGGAGAACAUAAAAACUCUGUUCUACCUAUCCGACGAGCUCGUCAAGAAAUACACGUGCAUAGUGUUUAUAUCGUGCAUGAGGUUCGAAACGUCCAAGAAAAGAGUCCAGCGAAUGUCGUUUAACAAUUUCCGGAUAUGCUGCGAAGCCAUGAUCGAAAACUGGACAUAUAAUCUUACAGGCACGGAAUACAACGAUUUGGAAAUGGACAGGGAAUUCCUCUUCGAGUUGCGAGAUUUGAAAGUGCUCAUGGAGAAAGAUCGAGAGCACAAACAUCUUCUGCUGGUCAAUUUGAAACCGAAGCUGUUGCAAAAGAACUACGCCGAUUUAGAGUCUAACUUUAAGCUCUACAACAGGGCCAUAUUGACGUUAGCGACGACUUUGCACCGAUCGAGGGAUAUGAAGAACUUCUUCGUGGAUUUAUCGCAGAUCAUCGAUUACUUCAAGCAGGGGUAUUGGUCGAAGCACGAUUUCGAGCAGUUUCUGCUGGUUUACGGGCAAUUAGCUGGGGAAAACGAUCCGUUAAGGACAAAUGCAGCUCUGAAGGCCACUUGGGAAAAGUUCAUAAAAGUGAUUGUAAAGUGUUUAUUAAUUAUGUUCAAUUAAAUGUUGAUUUAUUAGAUCUUGUGAAAUUUUGCAAGUGUUGGCAACGUUGUUUUUGUUUAAAAAAUCCAGGUAACAAUGAUAUUUUUAUUCCAUCCGGCAACUUCUUUAUGUAAUCAGUAAAUAAUUAACACGAGUUUCUGCAAACAACUUUUAUUUUGAGUUAGUGCUUUGAACAUUUUUUGUUUCGUAAUAUAAAGCUUUAUUAAAUUAUAUAUUUUACAUUGUUUGGUUUGAAUUUAAAUUCAAUAAUUUCCAAUACAUGUGCUCGAAUUUGAUUUGUCUAAAAUUUUAAAAACGAUUUGUACAAAUUUCUAUUUUUUAGGCUAUGAAGCUUAAGUUCAUCGAGGUAGGAGGAUAUAAUAUAAUACAGAGCGUUUUAAAAAAAAUUGGCAACAUUGCAGUGAUUGGUGGAUUGUUUAAUAAUAAAGGGAGUUUCAUUUGGAAUUCAUCCACUAUUGAUUUUGGAAAUAUAGGAAUAUUUAUUUUAUUAGUACGCACCCCUAUAUUUGCAAACCUACUGGAAAUGAGUAUUAUUUUAUCGAAUAACUCCUUAAUUUAUGAAUCGGCACUACCUAGAUUACCAAUUUUUUUUUAAACACCCUGCAUAAUAUAGUUAAUAAAAUAUUGAAACUGGACGAAGUAUACAAAAUAAAUAAAUUCCAAAAAUUAAUAAUUCUGUCUAAAAUAUCAACGAUUUGGUAAUAAAUAAGUACGUAAUAAUAUCAAUCUACAGCUCUUCUCUAAAUGAUUUUCGAAUUUUCUCUAAGUGCCCAAAACAAAUCGAAAUGUUCACAUUUCAACUUGUGUUGCAUAACUUGUACAAUAAAAACAGACUAGACGCAUAAAAAACAAAUAUUCAUAUUCACUGCAUAACUGGACAAAACAAUGGGCAAGGUAACUGAAUGACGAUGGUGAAUUUAAAAGCCACUUAAAUUCGGUGAUGAAUAUUAAUGAAGCAAUCUGAAAUAAUGUAAAAUUGUAUGAAAUUAACACGGCAAAAAUAUGCCCGCCGUUAUUCAGUUACACCCUCUAUAUAUAAUAAAUAUAAAUACAAAAUAAAAAGGCAACAAUUUGUAUACAUAUAGUGUUGAAUCGUUCCGAUACAAAUAAACCGUUAAUCAUCACUUCAGUCAAUAAAAUUAUUCAUUUCAACGUUAAAAAUAACACAAUUUUCUGAUGGACAACGUGGUUAAGAUUUUAUAUUAAACAAAAUUAUAAAUACAUAAAAUUUUCACAGGGGAGAAGUAUAUAAAUAAUCCAUUUUCGAGUGUAUAAAUAAAUUUUGCGGAAACCAAAUAAAGCCUUGGUUCGAAAAGUAUCCCGUUAAAAAACUAGCGUUACUGUUAUUGACUUAAAGGUGGGACUUUGUACCCUCUUGUUCGUAGAAAAGGACAUAAGCUUCCCCACUGACUAAUGAUCUGGGAGAUAUCGGUGAAACUCUACAAAAAAAUACGCAUGCAUUAGUAAAAAAUUGUGACAAAAUAAAUUCUAAAUAACGUACCUAGAAUCGUUAUAUUCGUGCCAUUGUCCAGUGUAAGGAUGCCGACAGUACGCCGUGUAAUGUCCACUAAAAGCUGUACCGCUGUGAUUCGAAAUGGCGUACAAAUUAUAUCGGCUAGUAGCAACGUUGUCUGCAGCGUAUUGGCUCAUGUCAAGGUCCUCCAACGGAAAAUCGACGGUCACGUUCAAUUUGCCUCUGAAUCUCUCGGUGGGAGAGAAACGCUUCAAAUGAAUGACCAGCACUUUGGGGAAUUUGUGUAUCGAAAACGAUUUCGUGCACCUUCGUCUUUCUUUGCACUUCGAACAAGUCUGAGAAAAAUAUAAAGAGAUCAUAACGCGAUUCUAUUACUUUAUUAGUUCGACUUACCGGUUUUUCAUCGCCAUCUAAAGUCUCCUCGCGCGUGAAACUAUCCAAACAUUGCGACAACCUCAAUUGACCGGUCCUCUGCGGUAUGGGCAGGGACAAAUCCCAAAACGGAUCGAACGUCACGGAGCAAUGUCCGCAAUAGGUGCAUUUCAACGUCGAUUUCAAUUGACCGACGAAAUGAUCCACGAUUUUCGAAUUGUCCAUUCGCAGGUAUCUUCUCCAAGCCUCUUGCGCUUUGUCGUUAUCGCUAAAAAAACGACAAAUCAUCCAAUAGCGAACGUUUCGAUAAUAAGUUGUGUGAAACAAACCUCAAUUUUUCGUCAAUUUCCGUCAAAAUCGGCUUCGGUUUCUCCAUGACUCUGUUGACGUCUUCGUGGAGGCCCUCCAAAAGAUACCUGAGAAACUCCUGGGCGUCCUGUUGCGAAUAACCGAUAAAACGAGGAGCGAACCGUUGUAUUUGCCCUUUCAACGACGUCGUGUUCACCACUCUAUCCAUGCAAUCCUCCGACCACAGUUCUCUUAUAACCUCAGCAAAUGCUACAAAAAUAAAAAACACAACAUAGUAAAGUUAUUAAUAAAGGAGAUUCAAUAGAUGCAAUUACCUUUGAUCAACGACCCCUUCAUGCUCGAUAUACUGGUGUUGAUGUCCCUCAGAUAAACGUCCUUGCGCAAGUACUCCAACAACCAUCUGGUGUUGGACAAGCACUGGAUAACGCUGUUCAUGAAACACGUAUUACCGAUGUUCUUGAGGCCGUUGAGACCCGUGCAUUUGCCGCCCGAAGCAUAAUCCGAGGACCUAUACAAAUAGAUAAAUAAUGACAUAACGCCUCGUCUUAUAAGGCAUCCGGCCACCAAAGACGUACCUGAUAUUGGCGCCGUAAUUGCUAAUUGUAACGGCCCUUUCGCCGCCGCUAUCAUCAUCCGAAUACUCUCUUAUGCGAUGUCUGCUCUCCCUGUCUCUUUCGCUCGAACGACGCGAUAGGGUGCUGGAAUUGAGGCUGCUCUGUAUCGAAUUCGACGGUGAGAUGGCUGUUCUGGUCAAUUUCGGUGACGUCGAUAGAUC